AUGAGCCCCGACGAGUCCCUCCGGUCACUCUCCCUCGAUUACCUGAACCUUCUCAUCAACGGCCAGGCCUUCAGUGACGUCACUUUCAGCGUCGAAGGCCGCCUCGUCCACGCCCACCGCUGCAUCCUCGCUGCCCGCAGCCUCUUCUUCCGCAAAUUCUUCUGGGGCGGCGGAGCCGCACCCGGAGAUCCCCACAAGGACGCCUCCUCCGCCGCCGCCUCCUCCCCCCGUCACGCCGGCGCCCCCGGCGCCGUCAUACCGGUGAGCUCCGUCGGUUACGAGGUUUUUCUCCUGAUGCUCCAGUUCCUGUACAGCGGCCAGGUCUCGAUCGUGCCACAGAAGCACGAGCCCCGCCCAAACUGCCCCGACCGUACUUGCUGGCACACCCACUGCUCCUCCGCCGUCGAUCUCGCCCUAGAAACCCUCGCCGCCGCCAGAUCCUUCGGCGUCGAGCAGCUCGCCCUCCUCACUCAGAAGCAACUGACGAGUAUGGUGGAGAAAGCGUCGAUCGACGACGUGAUGAAGGUCCUCAUCGCCUCUCGUAAACAAGAAAUGCAACCGUUGUGGGCCACGUGCUCCCACCUCGUCGCAAAAUCGGGCCUCCCUCCGGAGGUCCUCGCCAAGCACCUCCCGAUCGACGUCGUCGCGCGAAUCGAGGAGCUCCGACUCAAAUCCUCCCUCGUCUCCCGGCGUCACCACCACGACCACCACUUUCCGGCCGCCGCGGCCGACGAACUCGAGGACCAAAAGAUCCGGCGAAUGCGACGCGCGCUCGACUCCUCAGAUGUCGAGCUCGUGAAACUCAUGGUGAUGGGGGAAGGGCUCAACCUCGAUGAGUCCCUCGCGCUCCACUACGCGGUCGCGAAUUGUAGCCGGGAGGUCGUGAAGGCGCUACUCGAGCUCGGGGCGGUGCCGGGGUUAGGACACGUGGAGCCUAAUAAGCUGAGGUUGUGCCUCGAGCUCGUGCAGUCUGCAGCAAUGGUCAUAUCACGGGAGGAGGGUAGCUCCGGCGGUGGUGUCGGCGGCGGGGAGCGGCCGCCAACGGCGGCGGCGGCAGGAGGAGGAGGAGGGGUUUACCCGACGGAGCUCGACUCGAGGAUGGUGUAUUUGAAUCUCGGGGCACAAAUGGGCGGGAAAAUGGGGGAGGGAUCGUCGGAGGAAGGUGGCGGAGUCGGCGGCUCGAUGUACCACCAUCACCACCACCACCACAAUCAGUAUUGA